AUGCAGGAACCCACCCCACCCUACGAGGACAUUCUGGAGGACGAGACUCUGGCUCCCCUCAAGCGUAACCAUGCGUGUCUCCAGUGCAAGAAGCGCAAGGUCAAGUGCGACGCUGUCCGUCCAACCUGUAACCCAUGCAUGCGCUCGCACGCGCACGCCCUGCGGUCCGCGCAGCGUAACAAGAGCCGCCCACCUCCUCUCGUGUGCUCAUACACCGAGGGCGACGAGGAGGAACUGCCGGACGAUGCCGGCAUUGUGGUUGAUGCCGAGCGCAAGAGGUCGUCGGCAGCAAGUGUUGCCGGGGGUGCGAAGCGAGCAGCUGUGGGCGACAAGAUGGGCCGCGAACGCGACCGUCGUGCCGUCGAGGACAAGGACACACUAAAGGCGCGCAUUGCCGAGCUCGAGGCGCGUAUUGCCGCACUCACCACCAACGACACGGCCGCAACCGGUCAAAAGCAGUUCCCCACGCCUGAGAGCAGCAUUGCGGGCUUCACCUCGACCAACCCUACCAACAACUGGAACAUGCCCAUGAACGCGUUCCCUGUCCCACCGCCCACACUCAACUCGGAGCCUUCGUAUGACGCGCCGUUCGUGUCCGUCGAGACCGGCGCGCCAGGCCAGUUCCAGUCGUUUGACUUCUCCAACCUGCUCAUCAUGCCCAACCACUGGCCCAAGAACCUGCCGUCGCCGGCCGUGCUCGAGCACCUCAUCGACACGUUCUACCAGUGCGAGCCCCAGUUCAGCCGCAUCGUCCACCGCGGAACGCUGCUUGCGCGUCUGAAGAUGCCGCCCACCGGCGACGGGUUCCCGUUCGCUGGUCUCCUCCACGCCAUCUGUGCUGCUGCUGCCCCACAUACUGCAUGGACCAGCUCGCGUGCACCCGCCGAGCUCGAGGACCUGCGUAACCGCCACAUCAAACUGGGCAUGGACCUCGAGCUGAGCGAGGACUUUGCUUCCGCACAGACCGAGGCGGCCGAGCGCUGCAUUCGUCACGGCACUGUCAUGUGUAUGAUGGGUGGCGGCCAGUUUGUGUUCGACGUCACACGUGCGCAGUUGAUCCUCACCAUCUCGUACCUCAACCAGGGCAUGGCCCUGCGCGCGUGGAUGGUGUCGGGCUCACCGGCGCGUCUCAUCAAGCUGCUCGAAAUCACCAACCGCAACCGCCGCAAGACGGACAAGCCCGCCAUGAUGAGCCCACCCAAGACGGACGUGGAGCGCGAGGAGCGGCUCGCGACUGUCUGGGUCGCCUUCUUGCUGGAUUCGUGCUUUUCGGCCAAUUCGGCAUGGGCGCCCAGUCUCGAUCUUGACGAUAUCCGCGUGCCCCUGCCAGCGAGCAGCGACGAGUUUUUGCAAAAGUUUGACAACUCGGGCUACGUCAAGCCCAACCCGCAGACGGCGCACGACCCGGACCUCUUGGUCAACCACCCGGUCCCGGACCAGUUUGUGUUUGUGGUCAAGUCCACAAUCCUUCUUGCCAGGGUCGCAAAGUGGAUUCGAGAGUGGCAGCAGCGCGUGAUCCAGCCGGGCGACGAAAUGAAGGGAUUCCAGAGCCCCUCGUUUGUCAAGCUCAACGGCGAAAUCGCGUCAUUCCAGAUGAGCCUGCCGGCGUCUCUGAAGAACAUUUACCGCCUGGUCGAUGCCGGCGGCAACAGCACCUUCAAUGCCGAGCUCAUCAGCAUCCACCUGUAUCCCAACCUGUCGCUGUUGCUGCUCCACGAGCUGUUUGUCGACUGGAAAGGUCCCGAGACACCGUCGCUGCGCCAGAUGCAGACGGCAUUCGAGGCCGUUGUGGGCUUCAUCCACCUGGUCCCGUCGCAGAUGGACGUGUCGCACAUGAUCAACCCGCUCAUUGCCUUUUCGCUGUUCAACGUCGGCAAGAUGGUCAACCGCUUCAUCAUCCGUGCCAAGGAACAGGAGCAGUAUGCGCUCGCCAUGCGGUGGAACACGGACCUCAUGGCCGUCGUCAACCUGCUGGAGCGGUACGGCGCCAAGCACGCGCUCGGCCACCACCUCGUCCAGUUCCUCAGCAACUAUCAGAAACUGUACGAGAGCGGCGUCCUCCUCGAGCUGGACUGUGCCGGCGGCGACGCCAACUACAACACUCCCACGCACAACGUCGCCUCAGCAUGCGAGGUUCCCGAGUCGUCGACGCGCUCGUCGGCCGCGUCCGCGUCGGGCGGCACCACGUCCGCGAGCCCCGCAGUCAACUCGGUCGGCCAGACGCCCGACAGCAGCAUCAACACCGACAGCAUGGACGGCCGCGCGUUCGGUAUGGGCAGCCGCAACGGCAACGGCGGGGGUAGCGGCAUGGGCGCCGGCGCGUUCUCGGGCGCCGGCGGCGCAAUGUCCAACGGGUUCGGCGACGCGACGCUGCCCGUCUUUGGAUCCCAGACGUCGCCGACGUUUGACCCGUCGCUCCUCGACUUCCUGGACCCGCUCGCGGCGGCCCAGGUCUCGGCCGCACUGGACAGCGCGUCAAAGGACCCGAAUUACCUGCCCGACCUGUUUGCCGGGUUGACCGACACGACGUCGUUCAACUGGAACACGCAGCCGGGCGCGUGA